AUGCUAUCUCGUGCCACUACUCUACGUGCAGUCUCUAGAGCUGCUCUUAGAGCUACCGCCACUAAAGCUAUCGCUUUCAACACUACUAGGUUUGUUCAACCAAUUAGAUUCGCCUCCACCACCAAGGCCCAACCGACCGAAGUCUCUUCUAUCCUGGAAGACAAGAUCAAGGGCGUCUCCAACGAGGCUGCUUUGAACGAAACUGGUAGGGUUCUGGCCGUGGGUGAUGGUAUUGCUCGUGUCUUUGGUUUGAACAACAUCCAAGCCGAAGAACUGGUCGAAUUCUCCUCCGGUGUUAAAGGUAUGGCUUUGAAUUUGGAACCAAACCAAGUCGGUAUCGUCCUGUUCGGGUCCGAUAGAUUGGUGAAAGAAGGUGAAAUCGUCAAAAGAACCGGUAAGAUCGUCGAUGUUCCUGUCGGACCAGGUCUGCUAGGUAGAGUCGUCGAUGCUCUAGGUAACCCUAUCGAUGGUAAAGGCCCAAUCAAAUCGGUCGGUAACUCUCGUGCCCAAGUGAAGGCUCCAGGUAUCUUGCCAAGAAGAUCCGUCCAUGAACCGGUCCAAACUGGUUUGAAGGCUGUCGAUGCCUUAGUGCCAAUUGGUAGAGGUCAAAGAGAAUUGAUCAUUGGUGAUCGUCAAACUGGUAAGACCGCCGUCGCUUUGGAUACUAUCCUGAAUCAAAAGAGAUGGAACGAAGGUAAAGAUGAAAAGAAGAAACUAUACUGUGUUUACGUUGCCGUCGGUCAAAAGAGAUCCACCGUGGCUCAAUUGGUUCAAACUUUGGAACAACAUGACGCUUUGAAAUAUUCUAUCAUUGUCGCAGCUACUGCUUCUGAAGCCGCCCCAUUACAAUACUUGGCUCCUUUCACAGCUGCCUCCAUCGGUGAAUGGUUCAGAGACAAUGGUAAACAUUCCUUGAUUGUCUACGAUGAUUUGUCUAAACAAGCCGUCGCUUACAGACAAUUGUCUCUAUUGCUAAGACGUCCUCCAGGUAGAGAAGCUUACCCAGGUGAUGUUUUCUACUUACAUUCAAGAUUAUUGGAAAGAGCCGCUAAGAUGUCUGAAAAGGAAGGUGGUGGUUCCAUGACCGCUUUGCCUAUCAUUGAAACUCAAGGUGGUGAUGUCUCUGCUUAUAUUCCAACUAACGUCAUUUCCAUCACUGAUGGUCAAAUCUUCUUGGAAGCAGAAUUGUUCUACAAAGGUAUUAGACCAGCUAUUAACGUCGGUCUAUCUGUUUCUCGUGUCGGUUCUGCCGCUCAAGUUAAGGCUCUAAAGCAAGUCGCCGGUUCUUUGAAAUUAUUCUUAGCUCAAUACAGAGAAGUCGCUGCUUUCGCACAAUUCGGUUCCGAUUUGGACGCCUCCACCAAACAAACCUUGGUUAGAGGUGAGAGAUUGACUCAAUUGUUGAAACAAAGUCAAUAUUCCCCAUUGUCCGCUGAAGAACAAGUUCCUUUGAUUUUCGCAGGUGUUAACGGUUACUUGGAUUCUAUUGAAUUGUCAAGAAUCGCCGAAUUCGAAUCCAAAUUCUUGGCUUACUUGAAAUCGAACCACAACAAUAUUCUAGAAGAAAUUAGAACAAAGGGUGAAUUGACUAAAGAAUUGAUGGCUACUUUGAAAUCCGCUACUGAAUCCUUCGUGGCUACUUUCUAA